AUGGGCAAAUCCGAUCGCCUAGAGGAGCUUCGCCGCGAGAUAAGCCGCGGAGGCCUCUUCGGCGAUCGCCGCUCCUGGGGGGAGAACAUCACCUACUACACCGGAAUCGGCUACCUCGCCGGCGCCGCCCAGGGCCUCGCCACCGUGGUCAAGGCGAUCGAGCCAACCGAUACCACGAAGCUCAAAAUCAACCGGAUCCUCAACGGCUUGGGGCACAGGGGGCGCCAGAUCGGGAACUGCUGCGGCGUGAUCGAGCUGAUGUACGCUGGGCUCGAGAGCGGCAUGGUCACGUGGAGGGAUACGGACGACGUGAUCAACAGCGUCGUGGCGGGAUUGGCCACUGGAGCGCUGUACAAGGCGGCCUCGGGGCCGAGGGCGGCGGCGCUGGCGGGAGCGCUUGGAGGCGUGGUGGUAGGAGCUGCUUGUUGGUAG